UUAAAAAAAGAACUGGACACUGUACUCAUGUUGCAGGCCAGCUUAGAGGUUGCUGACCAAGCACUUCAAGCUGCAUGUGCAAUAAUUGAGAAGGAUGCGACAGAGGAUACCCUUGAGGCUCUGGAGAGUUUGGAGUGCAGCCAUGAUCAUCCUUUAAACAAGGUGGACCUACUAUAUGCGUCCCUCAACAUCCAUGACAAGUUUCCUGAGCUCAACAGUGUCAACAUCAAGUUCAUUCAGAUGCUUCUUUUGGCUUGUGAUUUGAAGAUCAACAUC